UCUGGUUCCCUGACCUCAGUGAGAUUGCAGCCGGUCUGGGGACCUGGGGGAGACAUGGAGAAAGAGACGGGGGAACCCCUGGCCGGAGCUGACGGACAGAGUAGGCAGUCAUGGCUGGAGGAUUGGAUAUCAGAGUAAUGUUUGACCCCUGGAAACAUCCCUUACAGGAAGUCCGGUCAAAAUUCACUAGGUAGGAGGGUCAUCAGCUGGAAAGAGCCGGAGCCUGGGGGGACCUGGCCGGAUAGGUAUGGGGGAUCCAGGCCGGUCCCCCCAUGGCAGCCCCCCAACUCUAAGCACUCUCACCCUCCUGCUGCUCCUCUGUGGACAUGCUCAUUCUCAAUGCAAGAUCCUCCGCUGCAAUGCUGAGUAUGUAUCGUCCACCCUGAGCCUUAGAGGUGGGAGGUCACCGGGAGCCCUGCGAGGAGGAGCAGGAGGAGGGGGCCGAGGUGGAGGGGUGGGCUCCGGCGGCCUCUGUCGAGCCCUCCGCUCCUACGCUCUCUGCACCCGGCGCACCGCCCGCACCUGCCGCGGGGACCUGGCCUUCCAUUCGGCGGUGCACGGGAUCGAAGACCUGAUGAUCCAGCACAACUGCUCCCGCCAGGGCCCCACGGCCCCGCCCCCGGCCCGCGGCCCCGCCCUUCCAGGCGCAGGCCCCGCCCGCUCCUCCGGCCCCCCAGCCCCGGACCCCUGUGACUAUGAAGGCCAGUUUUCCCGGCUGCACGGGCGUCCCCCGGGCUUCUUGCAUUGCGCCUCCUUCGGGGACCCCCACGUGCGCAGCUUUCACCACCACUUUCACACGUGCCGUGUCCAAGGAGCUUGGCCCCUGCUGGAUAAUGACUUCCUUUUUGUCCAGGCCACCAGCUCCCCCGUGGCAUCGGGGGCCAACGCCACCGCCACCCGGAAGCUCACCAUUAUAUUUAAGAACAUGCAGGAAUGCAUUGAUCAGAAGGUCUACCAGGCUGAGGUGGACAAUCUUCCGGCAGCCUUUGAAGAUGGCUCUAUCAAUGGAGGUGACCGACCCGGGGGGUCCAGUCUGUCCAUUGGAACUGCUAACCCUGGGAACCACGUGGAGAUCCGAGCCGCCUAUAUUGGCACAACUAUAAUCAUCCGGCAGACAGCUGGGCAGCUCUCCUUCUCCAUCAAGGUAGCAGAGGACGUGGCCCGGGCCUUCUCAGCUGAGCAAGACCUGCAGCUCUGUGUUGGGGGGUGCCCCCCAAGUCAGCGACUCUCUCGCUCAGAGCGCAGCCGCCGGGGAGCUCUGACCAUUGACACCGCCAGACGGCUGUGUAAGGAAGGGCUGCCAGUUGAAGACGCUUAUUUCCACUCCUGUGUCUUUGAUGUUUUGAUCUCUGGUGACCCGAACUUCACUGUGGCAGCUCAGGCGGCUUUGGAGGAUGCCCGAGCCUUCCUGCCGGACUUAGAAAAGCUGCACCUCUUCCCCUCGGAUGCGGGGGUUCCUCUUUCCUCGGGAACCCUCCUAGCCCCACUCAUUUGGAGUGGGCUCUUUGUUCUGUGGCUUUGCAUUCAGUAACGUGGCCAGCAACUCCAUGAUUGGGUUGGAAAUGAUGUGGGCAUAGAGGCUGGCAGAGAAGAACAUAAAGAAUCAUGGAAGGAAACAGUGGUCACCAGCGGACAUGUGAAAUAAUGCCAUUUAACCAGAGUCAGAUAAGGCUGCAGUCCCGGGCUGAAAUGAUCACGGAAUAAGGGUUCUGGGCAAAGCUUCUGCAAUCUAGACCUCUGUGGGAGCUCUUUGUCCAUUUUCCCAGUCCCAGUUACGAUCCGCGAACUGUUGUACUCCAUCUACUCCUGAAAUCACCCCAACAACUGUCGACGUUAUAGGGGUCCUGAUGAUCAGUAGACGUUAUAAGGGGUCCUGAUGAUCAGUAGAAAACUUAAGGAUUUAGACUUUUCAGAGGAAAGAAUUGAGAGAGGAACACGCGAUCACUACCUAUGAGAGAUUCAAAGAUCUAAUGAUAUUUUCUCUUGGACAAUGGAAAGAGGAGGAAAUGAUUAAAGAUGGAAUUUAUUUGACAA